AUGUCAGCCACGAACGAACCCAAACAGACUUCUCUGGAACCACCCGCCGAGGCUGAGGUCGCUGAAGAAAAGCCGACAAAGUCGGGAGCAGAGUCCAGCUCGUCGGAUGAACCCUCGAAAACAGAGCAGACAGAAGACAAGGAGGAUGAUUCAGCUGCGAGAGCCCGCUCAAGACAGGAGAGAUUCAAAGCACUCCAAGCGCGCGCGAAAUCUGCAACCGAGCGCAACUUGAAAGAGACAGCGGCCGAAACCCAGCGACUCGCCACAGAUCCAUCUCUUCUAUCCUCGUUGUCACGCAAACAUGCGUUCGCCUCUCACAACUUACUGAAAGCUGAUACAGAGGCGGCUGGCGAGGACUUUGAGCGUAAACGCGCGUGGGACUGGACUGUCGACGAAUCCGAAAAAUGGGAUAGGCGGAUGGAAAAGAAGCAACGCCAUCGAGACGACGUUGCAUUCCAGGAUUAUACCCAGGACGCCCGGAAAGUGUACAAGCGGCAGCUGCGGGAGAUUAAACCUGACCUGGAGGGUUACGAGAACGACAAGCUUGCGGCAAUCGAAAAGGCUGCUGCGAAUGGAGAUCUUGAAAUUGUCGAGACCAGUGAUGGGGAAAUGAUUGCCGUUGACAAGAAUGGCAGUUUCUAUUCAACUGCUGACACCGUUGGGUUUACUGACAACAAGCCUGACCGUGCCGCCGUCGAUAAACUCGUUGGAGACCUGAGGAAGGCCGAAGAGGUCCGCCUGAAGAAGAGAAGAGACCGCCGCGGAGCUGAGGAAGACUCCGACGUUACGUACAUUAACGAAAAGAACAAGCAAUUCAACCAGAAGCUUGCUCGUUUCUACAACAAGUACACGACCGAGAUCCGUGAUAGUUUUGAACGAGGUACCAUGAUAUGA